AAUUUUUACAAGUUACAGCUAAUAAACCGCGGCCUCCAUCCUCGCAGGCGCAGGCGGGGGCAGCAAGCUGAGGAGGGCAAGCGGCGCGGCGGCUACCACCCCCGCCGCCGCGGCCGCCCGCCGCGACCUCGGCCCGAUGGUCGGGAUGUACCAGCAGCAGCUCGUCGACGACCCCUUCCCCCUGAGCGGCGGCCACUGCAGUGAGCAGCCGCGGCACGCGCCCACCUCCGCCUCCACAUCCUCGUCGGCAGCCGUUGCAGCCUCUCCGCUGGCGCAGGCGCAUGGAGCCAGCGAGCCACGGCGGCUGUUCGAGGCGCUCGUGGGGGAGAUCCUGCUCCCGCUCCGCGGCGCAGGUGGUGGCAACGGCGGCUGCGGCGGCGGCGGUGGCCCCGGCGGGGUUGGGGAUCUGGGGGAGGUGCUGCGGUGGACGCGGGAGGUCGCCGCGGAUCCCGUGGCGGCGCGGCCAGUUGCGGGGGAGGUCAGGGCGAGGAAGCGUCAGGUGCUGGCCUUGCGGCGCUCUCGGUACCUCAGGAUGGAGGACGUCGCGAACGCAGAUGAGCUACCCAGCUUCUUCAAGAAAAGGAAGUACAGAUCUCACAACAACCAUGCAGAAAGACAAAAAGGUAAAGGUUCGAUGAAUAUGCCAACAAGGAAAUCCGAGAGGCUAGCUAAGAGAAUGAAACUCAUGACAUCUGUGCUCCUCACACAAAGGAAAAAGAUUGGAGUUGGUGAGCAUUUUCAGGCAGAGAUACCUGACUGGACUGAACCACCUUCAGAUGAACUUACUCGUUACAAAAAUGACCCAAACAGCUCAAAGAUGCUAGGUAUCAGAAUUUGGCCACCUGAAGGUGAAGUUUUACAAACUGACAACACAGUAGUUGGCCAGGGAAGGAUAGAAUCAUGCAAGUGCCCAUAUCCAGGAUCCUUCUUCUGCAGACAGCAUCACACAGAUGUAGCCAGGGAUCAGCUAAGGUCUGAACUUGGUCAAGCUUUCACAGAAUGGCGAUUUGAUUCAAUGGGCGAGGAGGUUUCUAAAAUGUGGACUCGUGAGGAGCAACUAAAGUUUAAUGCACUCGAGAGGCUGGUCCCUGUGCUGGACCAAAAGUCCUUUUGGGCGGUAGCAUCAAAACAUUUUGCCACAAAGACCAGGAUAGAUUUGGUGCGUUAUUACCUGAACGUUUUCCUGAUGAGAAGAGUAUUGAGCCAAUGCAGAUUAAAUCUUUUGGAGAUUGAUAGUGAUGAAGAUGAAGCAGAGGAAGAGGAGGAUGAAGAUCAAUCUGAAAGCACCAGUGCUUCCAACAGGAUCCAGGAUGUUCAGAAUGUGAAGAUUAUUCCAUGAAUCGGCUGACAACUACCUUUCACAUUCUUUUUUGCAUGUGCACUUGUUUCGUCUAUGUGGAGACACUCAUGACCCCAAUCGAUUUGUCAUUGCUCCAUGUGGUCAUUAAUCUGAUCUUUGCAGAUAUUUGGGUAAAAGUGAGCCGUUCACUUUGCUUCAACCCAUCCAUUCUGCACAAAAACUUAUUUGAAUGGCAAACGAUUCUGAAUGCCUGUCACAAGACAAUCCAUUCAGAUGUAACUCGAAGAUCAUCUGAUCUGAAAUUAUUUCCCAUUGUACAGGAAAAGAAAAGGAAAACUAGAGUGGGGGGAAAGAAAACAAAUGGUCUGGAACAUUUUUCUUCUUAUUAUUGAAACUUGGAAGGACCAAUGUAUCACAUUUAGCAAGUUUUUUUUGUCGAUGCAUAUAUCGCUCCUUUUUUUUUUUUUAACUCUAGCUUUAAUAGCAUCUCUUCUUGUGUGAGUAUUUUGUGAGCUAGUUGUGAUUGGAAAAGCUUAUAAGACCUGUUUUGGGGCAUUU